AUGGACUCAAGCUCCUCCCUCCCCUCUUCGCCGCUAUCUAGCAUAGGCUCUAGAUCCCCUUCGCCACCUGCCAAUUAUCCAUCUCCGCCCUCGAGCCAUGAUUCUGAUGUGAGACCGUUGUCGCAGGCCCACAACGGCGCGGCAGAUGGUGAUGCGCCUCCACCUGCAAAGAAGCGGAAGAUUUCGCCGCCAAAGGAGCUAAAGACAGAGUAUCUCGACCUUCGUGCUCUGAAUGCGAGCUUGGAUAAGGAUCAUCAUAAGGCCCAGGAUGCGAAGCUCAAGAAGUUGACCGACGUCUUGCGCACCAAGCGCAAGAUAGUUGUAAUUGCCGGGGCGGGCAUCUCUGUGUCUGCAGGCAUUCCCGAUUUCCGCUCUUCAACCGGUCUUUUCUCGACGUUGCGCAGUCAACACAAACUGAAGUCCUCUGGGAAGCACCUCUUCGAUGCGUCUGUGUAUGGGGAUGAUUCUUCGACGAGCUCAUUCCAUGACAUGGUUCGAGAGCUUUCCCUCUUGACCCAGACAGCAGAGCCUACUCCGUUCCACCACAUGCUUGCGACGCUCGCUGAGGAAGGUCGCUUGAUGCGAUUGUACACCCAGAACGUCGAUGGCAUUGAGACAUCGUUGACUCCCCUGGCGACUCACGUUCCGCUCAACUCUAAGGGCCCUUGGCCAAAGACCAUCCAGCUACACGGUGGAUUGGAAAAGAUGACGUGUAGCAAAUGCCACAAAUUGUCAGAAUUCGACGGGUCGCUCUUCCAAGGGCCAGAACCUCCAAGCUGCACGGAGUGCGAGUCUACAGAUAGCGUCAGGGUCGCGGCCGGUUUACGAAGCCACGGAAUUGGUCGUCUUCGCCCGAGAUUACUUUUAUACAAUGAAUACAACCCCGACGAGGAGGCCAUUGGAGCGGCUAGUCAUGCGGAUCUUAAGAGCAGACCUGAUGCUGUCAUUGUUGUCGGCACAAGUCUGAAGGUCCCAGGUGUUCGUCGGUUGGCACGUGAGAUGUGUGCUGUCACGCGAGGCCGUCGGGGUGGAUUUGCCGCUUGGAUUAAUAUCGACCCAGAACCACUUGGCGUGGACUUCAAAAAUGGUUGGGAUAUGGUAGUUCGCGGGGAAUGUGAUGACGUCGCUCGAUGUGUUGGUCUCCCGCGAUGGGAUGACAGGGACAUUGGAGAAUAUCGCUUCAUUGAGGAUGAAAUGAAGGGAACGAACCCUUUGGUCGGAGUAGUGGUGCCUUCAACGCCAACCACAGCUAUCAAGACCCAGGGCAUUUUGACGCCGAGCGACACCCCUCGACAACAGAGCCCGUCUGUUUUAGCAAACAAGUCAAAGAUGAAGCAACCGCAGCUCCCAUUUGGAUCUUCACAGCCUUUGCAACUAAAGAAAAACGGACAGCCGAAGAAGAAACCAGGGAGGAAACCCCUUCCUUCUUCGAAACCUACGAACACCAUCACACACACUUUCACCGCGACAAAGACAUCAAAAGCAGCUGCAACCAAGGACAAAAAGCCAGCGGUGUUGGAUCUGUUCCCGGGCCUGGCCGUAGCACCAACUCCUCCCAUGCGGGAAGUCUCACCCCUCGACGUCCGUACCAACGGCGAUACAAAGUCUCGAUACAUUUCUGUAGAGAUCCCAGCAUACAAUCACGAAGCCACAAUAUCUCCCAAAGGAAGUGUUCCCUCCGGCAUGGAAUUAUUCUUUAGCUAA